AAAAAAUCAAAUUGCAAAGCUUUCACAAGAAGCCUUUGAAUUAGUCUCCAAUGGCUUCCUUCCUAUGCAAUUUUGCUUUCAAUCAGUUUCUUUAAAACCUCUCCCAUCUUCUACCUCAACUUCAUCACUCUAAAAUGCUCUCCUCCAAACUCCCCCGCACCUCCCCCGCCACCGAACAAGUUCUCAUCAACGACGAUCUCUUCUUCCAAAUACUCCUCCGUUUACCCAUCCGUUCCCUUCUCCGAUUCAAAUCCGUCUCCAAACGAUGGCUUUCCCUCAUUUCCAAUCCCAAUUUCUCUCACCGUCGAACUAUUUCCCAUCAUCCCAAUCCCACUCCUUCAGGUAUCUUCUUCCCCCGUCCAACCCCUAAAUCCCCUCCAUUUGAUUUCAUCAAUUUCACCACAAAUCCAUCUAGGCCUCCAUUCGAAUCUCCCCAUUUCGCCGACGACAAACACGGAUUUCUUAUCCUCCAAUCAUGUAAUGGAUUGUUCUUAUGCAGCACUUACAAUGGAAACUACUCGACAAGAGAUUUUUACAUUCAUAAUCCAACAACGAACCAUCACACGAAGCUUCCCUAUCUUCAAGUCGGAGCAGUUUUCGGUCUCAAUUUAGCAUUUGAUCCUCUACGAUCAUCAGAUUACAAAGUGAUUUGCGUUCGAUACUCCGAUGCCUACACGGACACCUUCCAAAUCGAGAUGUAUUCCUCUGUAACCGGCCCUUGGAGGCCCGUCCAAGGCGUGUUUUCAGCUCCAUUGAGUAUGAGAUUCGAUUCCGGAGUGUACUGGAACAACGCUGUUCAUUGGAUCAGCACUUCGGAAAACAGUCUUUACUUCGAUCUACGUGAAGAGAAAGUCCAUGACUUACCAAUGCCUGGAGUUCCCGACGGACAGGAACAGAGAAGGGUGAAGUAUUUUGGGACUUGUGGUGGGAAUCUUAAUUUGAUAGAAAUCUAUGAAGCUCAAGAAAUGGAGUUGAAUGUUUAUCAAAUGCAAGACGAUCAUUGUGGUUGGUUUGUGAGGUAUCGUGUUGAUCUUCGUGGCGUAUCUGUUGUGUUUCCGGAAAUGAUUCCAUCUGAAGAUGAUGCGGACUUGGGUUUGUUCCCCAAAUUCUCGGUGGCGGCCGUUGUUGAAGGAAUUGAGGAAGCGUCUGUUGUUUUGGAAGUUGAUGGGAAAAUCGUGAGAGUGAACGUUGAGAGUGGAAGAUUUGAGAGAUUGGGAGAGAUCGAGAAGGGUGGAUGUUCUUCACAAUUACCACUGGCUGUUGGGUUUGGACGGAUUGAUGCAUUUUUGUACAUUGAGAGCCUUGCAUCUGUUUAAAUGUUUAAUUUCAAAGACACAUCUAAUAACAAAAAGGAAAAAGUUCAAACAAUUGUUCCAAGAGAUAUGUAGGAGACUUAGCCUACUGUCCACUCUCAUAAGAGUAUCUAUAGGAUUUGUGGAGUCAGAGGCGAAAGGCUCUCUAUGGAUACAUAUAUUUUUUUUUGUUUUGUUAUCAAUACUAAUUUGAUAAUAUCUCUUCUUGUACUCAAA